UAAGUUGUACAUUGCUGUUAUAGCUGUUUUUACGUUGUAUUUUCGUGUUGUGGAUCGCGUGAUUUCGCACAUUAGGUUGUGCAUCUGCGCUAUCGCCCAAGGGGAGAGCAUAGAAGUAGUUUCCCUAUUAGUUACCCUACUAGUUUCCCUAUCAUCGACUCCGUGGCACAUAUUCCAAAAGCUUUUAUUUGUACGGAUUUCCACGAUCUCCCACGACAGGAGGGACGGCUGGGCCCACCUAGAAAGGAGUCCACAUGGCGAGGUCGCGGAAAGGACAGCCCGCGUCACAGCAAUGUGACAAACCGAAAGUAGCGGAUAGCGAAGAUGAUGGUGAAGGAAAUGAGAAUCCAGGUCCCGAUAUCCAGUGUGAAAUAUGCCGGCGUUGGGUCUUCCUGGACGAAACACCAUUUGAUGACAUGGACGCAGCGGUCAAGUCUCCUUUUAAGUGCAGAAUAUGCACCAUGAUGGAUGUAAGUAGGGAGAUCCUACUAGCAAAAAUAGAGGAGGAAAAACAAGCCAGACUAAGAGUGGAGGAACAGUUAUCCGCCCUCAGAAGUGAGUACACUGUGCUGGAGACCCGCCUGCUACAGACAAAUGAAAGAUCACAGGUGAACCAGACCACUGAUGAUGAGCAACAAAGAAAAGACUUGGCUGAGGAGGUGAAAGCAAUACAGAUACAGCUCGCCAAGUACCAGGAUGAUAGAGUGACCCCAGAACAACUUCGACAAGCAGAACAAGUAUGGACAAAGCGAGCAGAGGAUGAAGAGCAAAAAAGAAACUCUCUGGAGAAAAAGGUCCAGACCUUAAGAAAUGCAUGUUGCAAAUGCAUGAUCGCAAUAGGGGAGACCCACACAAAUGAUGAACAGCAACCCCACACAAAUGCAUCCAAGGAGGGUAAGAAUGAACCAAUACAGGGGAUGCAAGUGGGGGCUAAUGAGGACCCCGAGAAAGACGAACAGGCUAUGAACCCCCAGAAAGUGCAGCUGCACUCAAACUUUGGAGAGUUCCUAGAAGAGGCCUCAAAAUACCAGUCGGCGGUGGUUCAACCCAGAAGUAAGAGGAGGCUUAGCACCCAUCACAAGACCCUGGAGGAAACGACACUCCCUGUCGAGGACGGAGAUGCACAGCCUGCACAUACAAGUCAAGACCGAGCGGAAAGUCACAAACUAGACAGACAAGUCAUAAUUGCAGGUGACUCGAACAUACAAAGGACAAAGAGCCCUACCCUGGCUGGAGUGGACCACGACAAAAGAGUAGAAGUAAUAGGGAUACCAGGCGCUAGCAUAUCAGAGAUCCUAGAACAGAUCGAACAAAGGCUAAAGAAAGACACAAAAAAGAACCUUGUAAUCAUCCAUGCAGGGUUAGUGGAUAUCCUGAAUGAUGCCGAAAACCAAACAGUGAUAACAGACCUGCGGAACAAGCUGAAACAAUGGCUCCCAGAGUUCCCCAAUACUCUUUGGGAAGUAUGCCCAAUACCAAAAGGAACAGGUGAUCCUAGCCUCGACAACUUGAUACCCACCAUAUGCGAACUGAAUGAAGACUUGGAGAACAUGUGCAACGAAUUGGGACACAACAUUAGCUAUGUUGACCCCUCGUGGCACCUACGUGAGUGCCUGAAUGGAGGUUUUCAGGGAAUACACCUAUCCAGGGAUGGCAGCCACAUACUUGGAAACUGGUUUGCACGUAAAGUAAAUGUUUUUUUUGGGCCUGCGACGGCAAUCUCAACCGAGGAAAUGGAGAGAACGGACCAAUCGGCAGGACAACAGAUGGAGAGAGCAAGCCAGUUGGCGGGACAACAGAUGGAGAGAGCAAGCCAGUUGGCAGGAAAACAGAUGGGGAGAGCAAACCAGUUGGCAGGACAACAGACGGGACCCAUACAGGGACCUUUACAGACUGAUCAACCAGACACUGACGACACUCCAGAGAGAGAGGAGGUGGCCGCCGCCCAGAACAUACUAGAUGUGACGACCUGCCAAGAGAACGGAGUGAAAAGGAGGAGUGAAAAGAGACGUUUACAACAGCAGAGACGACGGCGAAAGAAGGGGAGAAGGGGGACGCAAAGACGAGAACACUUAAAGAUAGCCUUUUUGAACAUACAAGGUGGACGCCAGGAGAGGAAAUGGCUGGAAAUGACUGAAGUGUUACACAGUGAGAAAUUAGCAGCCUUCAUGGUGGCAGAGACUCAUUUACGUGAUGACGAAACUCCACCAACCAUCAACGGUUUUGCAUGGGAAGGGUUGAACAGAGUAGGAGGGGAACGAAGAGGGGGAGGAAUUGGUUUUCUGGGAUCAACAGCAAGACCGUGGCGAAGAUUUAAACAAAAUUGCAGUGAGCAUAUGUGGAUUGAGACCACACUAAACAAAAGGAAACUAGCAAUAGCUGGUGUGUACUGGUGGACUGGUGCACAAGAAGAGAAAAAUAUCACUAUGGCCAAGUGCCUAGAGAAGGACAUAGAGGACCUCAAGAAAACGCAUGACAUCAUGAUCCUUGGUGAUUUUAAUGCACACCUGGAAGAGCUUGAUGGUCGCCUCGACAAGAACGGCCAGAGGUUACUGAACAUCGCAGAGAAUCAUGACUUGAUAAUAGCCAACCUGACCGUCCCCAUCAACGCCCCGUAUACAUGGACACAAUAA